AGAUAGUCGUGUACUUCCCCUCUCUGAAUCAAACACAGAACACACACUUCACUGCUUCUGUCGGUCACUUCGUCCAUAGCUUAGGGUUCACUUCCAGCUUCACGCCGCCGUGCCUUUCUCUACCAUGUGAUCUUCUCAGUUGGCCGGCGUUGUUACAGGGGAAGAGGAGAGAGAGAAGCUUCUGAGCACACUUUCAUGUUUUUUGAAAUCCAGAGGGAAAAGUAGAAGAAAAAAGUAAAAAAAAAAAAAGCCGGCUGGGGUUGUAUACUGGGAGUGCUCGGAGCUCCCUUUCAAUACUGUGAUACUUACCUUAUUAUAUAAUGCAUUCUUGCACUUCCGUGUCUUUGGACCUUAUUUUUCACUUGGGUUUUGCUAAUAAUUCGAGUUUGAGGCCUUUUAGAAGAUCAAGACUUUGUCUUUCUCAGGAAAGAGGCAUCAUAAAACCAGAAAAUAGGCACGACAAGGGCACUUUUACAGAAUACAACAAGUUAGGCACCAAGGAUGAUCUUCUAAUUUCCCAUUCUCCUGUAGCCCAGCAAGAUAGCCUACCUCCUUUAGUUAGUGCAUUGAAAGCUUCAGCUGAACAAAAAGUUGCCAGCUUUCACUUCCCUGGGCAUAACAGAGGUCGUGCUGCCCCACCAUCAUUAACUCAAAUAAUUGGUUUAAAAUCAUUUUCCCAUGAUUUGCCUGCGCUUCCAGAGCUUGACAACCUGUUUUCUCCUGUGGGGCCUAUUUUAGAAGCACAAAGACAAGCAGCCAAACUCUUUGGGUCAUCAGAGACAUGGUUUCUUGUUGGGGGUACGACUUGUGGAAUACAAGCAGCAAUAAUGGCAACUUGUUCUCCUGGAGAAUUUCUAAUUCUUCCUCGGAAUACCCAUUUAUCUGCUAUAUCUGCCAUGGUAUUAUCUGGUGCACGACCCAAGUACAUCAUUCCUCAGUAUGAUUUUAAAUGGGACAUCGCCGGAGGCGUGACUACAUCACAGGUAGAGCAAGCAGUCAAGGAGCUGGAGAUGGAAGGUCAAAGGGCAGCUGCAGUAUUUAUCACUUCCCCCACAUAUCAUGGUAUAUGUAGCAACUUGACUGAAAUUUCCCAGCUGUGUCAUUCCCAUGGUAUUCCUUUGAUUGUUGAUGAGGCUCAUGGGGCACAUCUUGGAUUUCAUCCCCAGCUUCCCAAUUCAGCCCUUCAGCAAGGAGCUGAUCUUGCAGUACAGUCCACUCACAAAGUUUUAUGCUCUCUCACACAGUCCUCAAUGCUACACAUGUCGGGGAAUAUGGUAGAUCGUGAAAGAAUAUGUAGAUGUCUCCAAACUCUUCAAAGCACUAGCCCUAGUUAUUUGCUUUUGGCAUCAUUAGAUGCUGCUAGAUCUCAAUUAAGUGAAAAUCCCGAUACUAUUUUCAACAGAGCAAUGGAAUUAGCCUUUGAGGCUAAAUACUUGAUAAAGGAAAUACCAGGCAUUUCAGUGCUUGACCUUGCAAGAUUUUCUAACUUUCCAGCCAUUGAUCCUUUGCGACUUACUAUUGGUUUUUGGCAGCUUGGUUUGUCUGGUUAUGAAGCUGAUGAAUUCUUGUGCAGAGAUCAUGGGAUCGUUUGUGAACUUGUUGGGAACCGAUCUAAUACUUUCACAAUCAACCUUGGAACUAGUAGAGAUGAUAUUCAGAUGCUUAUAUUAGGAAUAGAGCAUCUAGUAGGAAUUACUGCACCGAUUGAUGGAGAAAAAGGGUAUGGGGAGUUUGAUGGUUAUACACCCUUCGCAGAUAUCAAAAUGAGUCUGAUUCCCAGGGAUGCCUUUUUUGCAAGUAAAAAGAAAGUCGGUAUAGGAGAGAGCCUUGGGAAAGUUUGUGGGGAGCUUAUAUGUCCAUAUCCGCCAGGGAUACCGGUUAUGAUCCCUGGUGAGGUUAUUACAGAGAAAGCUUUGGAGUAUCUACUGGAUGUUAGAAGCAAAGGUGCUGUUAUAACUGGAGCCUCUGAUACUUCCCUAUCUUCUAUAGUAGUUUGCAAUGUGUAGUUCAUUACUGAGUAGAUGUGCAUCUAGCUGCCAAAUCCUUGCUUCAGCUUAAGGUAGUGGCCGGGCACAUGAAGCCGGGAGUACUCUCGUGUAGCAUGUAUGCGCAUGCCCGCCACUGAUACUAGCAAUCACCACCACUAUAAAUCUAUACCUUUUUCCAUUAAAUCUUUUGAAGAGCGUUGGAGAAUGACUUUCCUUUCCCUUUUGAGUAUUGGCCCUGAUUUUUACAGCGUCAUCCAAGGUACUUAACCAGAAAUUAGGUAAAUGAAGUCUGCCCGAAACUUCGUUACAUGAGAGGUACAUCUGUUCUCCUUAAGUUACAUAAGAAGGGAGGGAUUACUUCAUUUCCUGUGAGAGCAAGGCAGUAGUUUCUGGCAUAGUUUUGAAUUCCGUUCUGUUUCAGCCACGAUCGGAAUAUUCCGUUUCUGUGUAGUAUCCAAUUCACUAUAUUUCCAUUCUGUUUUGUUCUAAAUUCCAGCCCAUUUUGGCCCGUUCUGGUCAAUUUCGAUCAUGUCGACUGCAAUUUUGCAUCUUGGACUAUAUUCCGGUUUGGACUGUUUUAAUGGCAGAUUUGUAAUUUUUUCUAGUUUGGAUGACAUUUUUGUAAAUUCUAAAUCUAGAAGACACUCAUGUAAUUUUAAAAUCAAAAAGCCAUUUAUAUAAUUUUAAUCUUUUUGGAAUAUUAAA